GGCUUCAGCGGCGUCCGCCCCUCCCCUUCCCAGGUGCCGCCGUUCACGGUGCCCCUUGUGUCUCCCCCGCAGAUUGACUGGCGCCGCCGCCGCCGCCGCUGCUGCUGAUUCCGCCCGCCCCAGGACGCUCGGAUCCGGCGGCUGCGGCGCCCGCCUCCUCUCCGCCCCGAUAUAAGCGCCCAUCGGUCCCGUUCUCCUUAAAGACUCGGCUUCGUCGCAGCCCGGGGCGAGCAGCGUUGGGUUUAUGUCUUUAUUGGACGAAAACGAGCUGUUGCGCAGCCAUUGGUACCUGUAUUGGGGGAACAUAGCAUACAAGCAAGAACCUUACAGCCUCAGUGGCAAAAACUUUUUCAUGUCAGAGACCGAGAACUCUUGCAGUCGUUUAUGUCAUCCCGUCUUCUCCAGACAGAAGAUACCAAAAAGCUGCAAUCAAAGAUCUCUUCAUCUUAUUGAUAAAGCUACUAAUAAGACAAAAUGUCUGUCAAUGUCAACCGCAGUGUUUCAGAUCAGUUCUAUCGCUACAAAAUGCCCCGUCUGAUUGCAAAGGUUGAGGGCAAAGGAAAUGGAAUAAAGACAGUUAUAGUCAACAUGGUUGACGUUGCAAAGGCGCUUAAUCGGCCUCCAACGUAUCCCACCAAAUUUUUUGGUUGUGAGCUGGGGGCACAGACCCAGUUUGAUGUUAAGAAUGACCGUUACAUUGUCAAUGGAUCUCAUGAGGCGAAUAAGCUGCAAGACAUGUUGGAUGGAUUCAUUAAAAAAUUUGUUCUCUGUCCUGAGUGUGAGAAUCCUGAAACUGAUCUGCAUGUCAAUCCCAAGAAACAAACUAUAGGUAACUCUUGUAAAGCCUGUGGCUAUCGAGGCAUGCUUGACACAAACCAUAAACUCUGCACGUUCAUUCUCAAAAACCCCCCUGAGGAUGCUAGUACAGGAAAGAAAGAAAAGGACAAGAAGAACAGAAAAGGCAAGGAUAAAGAGAAUGGUUCUGUGUCUAGCAACGAGACACCACUGCCACCACCACCAGAUGAACUUGACCCUCCUCGUGCAGUGGAGGAUGAUGACGAUGACUGGGGUGAAGACACAACAGAAGAAGCCCAGAGACGCAGAAUGGAUGAAAUCAGUGAACAUGCAAAGAACCUCACACUUAGUGAUGACCUGGAAAGAACAAUAGAAGAGAGAGUCAACAUAUUAUUUGACUUUGUUAAGAAAAAGAAGGAAGAAGGUGUCAUUGAGACUUCUGACAAAGAUAUUGUAGCAGAAGCGGAGAGACUGGAUGUGAAGGCUAUGGGCCCUCUAGUUUUAACUGAAGUCCUCUUCGAUGAGAGGAUUCGAGAACAGAUAAAGAGAUACAGACGCCACUUCCUACGUUUCUGCCACAACAACAAGAAAGCUCAGAGAUACCUUCUUCAUGGCUUGGAGUGUGUGGUUGCCAUGCAUCAAUCUCAGCUUAUUUCUAAAAUUCCACAUAUCCUGAAGGAAAUGUAUGAUGCAGAUCUUCUGGAAGAAGAGGUCAUCCUUAGCUGGGCAGAAAAGGCCUCUAAGAAAUAUGUCUCAAAGGAGCUUGCUAAAGAAAUCCGCAGCAAAGCAGAACCCUUCAUCAAAUGGCUGAAGGAAGCUGAGGAAGAAUCAUCUGGUAAUGAAGAAGAGGAUGAAGAUGAAAAUAUUGAGGUGGUGUAUUCCAAGACUGCCAGUGUACCUAAAGUUGAAACUGUGAAGCCUGUAAAGAAGGAUGAUGACCUAGAUAUUGAUGCCAUUUAAAAAUGAUGCAACCUUGCUUGCAGUGUAUACGGCAAACUGCUCUGCAUUUUCUUCCAGAAGUGCAACAUGUAUGUGCACAAGUUGAAAUGGCUUAACAUCAUGCUACUUUAGUACUCAAUUGUCUUUUACUGUGACUGGUUUUGUGUAAACUAUAAGCCAAACACCAAGGAGUCCAUACACAUCAGUGAACUGAUCUAGUUUGUUAAUGGCAUGUUUCUUUUUAAACUUGUGUGGGACACAUACUUGGAGCACAUUUAUACAGCUGUGGGAAUAAAGGAUUUGGUUUUGGUCAA